CUCAUACUGUCUGGUAAUGUCACAUUAAAUCAGAGUCCCCUGAUCUGCGACAAAUAUUCAACAAAGGAAAGCUUAAGGAGUAAAUAAAGAAUUCAACGAAGAUGGACGAUAGGAUUGUAGAAAUCAACGACCAAGGACAAGAAAAUAUCGAAGCAAGUUGGUGUUGCAAUUUAGGAUGGUGUUUGUGUUGCAAGACUACACAACCAGAAUCUCAGAGGCUCUUUAUUCAGCAGGAAAACAAUGAAGAUGAAGAUUCAGAACAAACCCAGGAAAAGCAGGUUCUCGAAGGCAAGAAUAGGCGAUGUUGUGAACCAGGUUCAACACUUUUGAUUGUGCUAGGAGUUUUGUUACUAGGCAUUGUGGUUUCAAUAAUGGCAGUUAAUUGGGCGCAACUGAUUUCUCCGGAGUGUGAGAACGAAAAUAUGGUGUUAAUUGUUUUAUUGAUAUCCAUUUCAAUUGGACUGAUUUCCGUUAUAUGUCUGUUGAUUUCACGUCAAAUACAUUUCAAGUUAGAACCGUCAGAAAACAAAAGAAGCAUUACAUUUUUGAAGAUCAAAUUAAUCUCAAUGUAUAUCUUUGGUCUGGGUUACAUAUUUCAUUGUGGAUUAUACACUUGGAAGCAUUUUUCUUAUGACAUUUGUCCAGAAAACAGCGACUUAUGUAGAGCUUAUAAUAUAUUGUCAAUAUUGUACACAUUCAUUCUGUUUAUUUAUUUUACAUUGUACUUUGAAAGAUUUGAUGAAAAUACUUUUGGUGAAAAUGCCGCUUCACUAGGAAUUUUCAUAACCAACGCAUGUAUUUGGUUUGAUGCCAUCUUUUCUGAGUCUAACUUUCUAUUUAAACAUGAAAUAAUUGUUGAUAAUUCGUCAACGGCAAUAAAUGUUACUAUGUCUGCAAAAAGAGCAAUGGAGGCAAUUGAAAAGUCCGAUCCAUUCUUAUCCCCAGCAAUGAUAGAAUUUUCUCUAAUAUCUGUUGACAUGUUGUUUUUAAGAACUGUUCGUUUGACAAAAUCCUCAAUACCAACUAUAUCAAACGAAUCUGAAAAUGUAGCAAAUAGUAACGAUUUUACAAACCUACCAAGAUGUGUCCGAAUAACAGGUCAAUUCUUUCUCUAUCUUGUUGUUUUGAUGUUAUUUGUUUUUACCUUUGUAGUAGUAAUAACAAACGAUCCAUCAAAUGAUAUUUUAGACCAUCCCGACGAUUUCAAUGUUUACGUUUCAAUGCAACUGUUUGUAAAAUUGCUAAUGCUGAUAUUGAUAUCCAUAUGUCUUUUUGUCGAGUGGUCAUGUUUGACUUUUCAUUUAAAUGUUUCAGCAUUUGUAUUACUGGUCACUUGCUUUGGUAAUGUUGUUUAUCAUACAUUGUACUGUGUUGCUUUAUAUUCUGAAGGGAAAAAGAAUGAAAGUCAGUUUAUUGGUGUUUCCUGGACCGACAACAUCAUAAGCAUGCUUUUAGCCUUAUUUCAAACAGUGUUUAUAUUAGGAACCCAUAUGCCUAAAGAUUUUGAAAACGUUAUGUGUCAUACUUGCUCUAGAAAUUGUAAGAAUUGGCUACAUAUCAAAUUUGUGAACUACGCAUGCUGCCUUUUGGGUAUUCUUAAUUUAGGUUUAUGGAUCAGUAGUAGCAUUGGAGAAGGACGUCUUCCUGUAUUUACCAUUUCAAUUUAUAAGGCGUACGAGAAAGUAGUUUGGUCUGUCAUCAACAAGAUAGUUUUACCUCUUACAAUAUUUUUCCGGUUUCAUACUGGGCUAGAUUUCUUAGAAUUUUUUUGGAAGCAUGAAAAUGUGUAGACAAGUUUAUCUAUCUAACCGAACUCCCAUAGAAAAUUUUAGAUCUAUAGAUCUAUUGAUAGUUGCAAAUAAUGUACGGUGUAGUUGAGGCUGACAAAACGAUCUGAAGUGAUCAAUUUCUUUUCAAAGUUGAACUUUGAAUAAAUGAAAGUUCAACACCCAAGCGGUAAAGUUAGCCAUACUGAAAAGAUAACCUCUCAUUUAAAGUUUUACACCUUUAAUAGCAAACAUACUUUUUUAUCAAAUGUUUCAUAUAAGAUUUUACAAUUUAGUUUAAAACCAUAAAUAUUAAUUUAUAAAGGAGUUUGUUUAUUUACGAGGUCAAUCAGGUGACCAAUUGUAAUUAGUCUUCUGUUGUCUGUCGUGCAUCGUGCGAUAAUAAUUUGGCAUUUUUAAAUUUUUCAUAAAAACUACAGGAAAAAGGAAAGAAUAUGUUUGUGUGUAAAGCAUUUUUAUGGUAAGAGGAAUCUAAAUUGUGAAGUUCAUGGCUUUAUCACUACCGGCUUCUCAUUUAUAUGUUGGAGAACUUUUUCAAAUAUCUUCUUUCUUACACACAUGUGGGAAAAUCAGUAUUUAUGGUUUUGAUCUCCAUGAAACUCUGUACAAAAAUUGUAAAAGUCAUGGUCAAGGGGUUCAGAUCCUAGGAUGGGACAAUUAGGUUUUUUUUUAGAAUUAACAGAAUGUAUGGUUAUAUUGUCCAUGACGUCCUCUACCUAAAUUGUUCAAUUAAUGAUCACUGGGACAAGUAAAUCAGUCCCUAGGGCUGGGCAAGGAUGGUCACAAUGACACUGUUUUGUUUAAAUAAUAUUUUCUUCUGUAUUAUCACAGUCGGGGGUAUAAUUAAUACAAUGUAAAUAUGGUCAUACUGUCUUUAUGUUGAAUUGUUAAAUUGUUAUAACUUUCUAGGCAAUUUGGCAGAACUUUAGGCUUUUAAUCUUUAAUUUCAUCUUGAAAACAACUUGGUAAAUUGUCACUUAUAAAUAUUAAAUUGAUCAUGAAUAUAUGUUCUAUUUAAGAAAAUCUAUGAAUUACCUUGUACAUUGUAUACUUGUAGAAAAAAUUGUACGCAUUCAGAAACUGUAAAUAUUAUAAAAGAUUGACCAUUAAUCGUCUGCAGGUCUCUUAAUACCAAACUUUUACAAUUUUUGGCCCCGGAAGUUAAGGUAUAGCUAUAGAUAAUUUGAUAGGAUAUUCUUCGAACUCUGGAAUCCCACUCUUUCCAAAUUUUAAUGAAUGAAUGUUUUUUAAAAACAUAAAGUAAUAAAGGCGGGGUAACAUUCUGAUAAGUUUCAAAUUAGUGUCUAGACUUUGAAAUGAAGCUUAAAAUGCCUACAUGAGACUCUCUGAUAUUUCAAUCUAAGGACUAUGAUACUUAUGUGACUUUCAAGGCAGG